AUGUUUUUCUCCAACCAACAGCGCCUCUUGCUUCACCUGUCCUACAUCAAGUUCCCAUUCAUCGACACCCAAUGUAAAUACAAUUUUAUUGAAGUAUACGAGCAAUUUUUCCUCACUGAUCGAUUGGAAGUGCAUCCAGGCACCAAGACUUCCGCUCGUGGUCGAUUUAGUGUAUCCAGCUUACAUGUUCCUAAAGUGAUUCGGGCAUGUAAUAAACCGUACCUCAAUCCAAUCACACAUACUUUGGGCCGUGGAGUUGUGCGUUUACUUAGCUCCAGUUACCAGAUGCUCCAGGAGACUGAUGAAAUGGUGUUGCUGCAGACUGUUCGAGAUGAAGGACCAGCUGGUGAGGCUGACGUGACUCUCAGUCUUCCUGAACUGACACUGGUCUACACGGAACUGGGUAAAGAUCAACUGAGUGGUUUGAAUUUGGACGGUAUCUUAUGCGUUGCCGAAAAACUGUUAUGUGAUAAUCAUACCAACUGCCCAAACGGUGAGGACGAAGAUGAAUGCCCACGUGCAAUUGGAGACCUGGACAGGGUCCUAACACAUCAGGCGAAAUUAUACACCAGUAACGAAGACGAAAGUGCGCUGACGACAACAAUCGUUGCAAGUGUGAACGAAAAGUCAAGCGCCGAUGACGAAUUCCCACACCAUACUUGGAUUAUUGUCGGACUGCUUGGAUUCUGCGCUAUGUGCGGAAUGCUCUCGGCUGGAGUCACGCUCGUGAAGCGCGCGAAGAAAACUAAACAGGGCAGCAUGUCCGGAAUGUGCAAUAAGGUAUUUUUUGAAUCAGAGUCCUCAAUUAUGACCACGUUGGAAGGUGGCACAGCUCUUCGACUGCAAACUGGAAAUAACGAAUCACCCAUGAAGCUUCAGAAUUCAGGGGUUGAUGGGAAUGUCCCCAUGGGACCUUGCACAGGGCCAUUAGUAGAAACUGCCACAUGCGCAGAUGACGUUUUUAAAAAGGAUGCAGGAUGGUGUUCGUCAUCAUGUCUCACCAAACAGGAUCGAAGCCACGGAAGCUCAGAACGGAAAGCACGUCGAAGUCGAUCACUCCCAAAUUCAAAAAAUGAUGAGCCACAUCAGAAUUGCAAAAAAGAAUCAGGCGAGCUCAAGUCUGACGACAAUAGGACAGACCGCAAUUCCAGAAUUUCCGUCAACGGAAAAAGGUCACCCUCAAGUCCAGUUUUGGAUAGAAUCAAAUCCAGCCAAUCCAGCGUGAGUAAUUUCUUACGACUACCGAGAGACUUUGAAGAAUCUGAAUCGUGCCUGAUGAGCCAGGGGUCAAGAAGGUCUACAGCAGCCUCCUUCGGUAACUUACCCAAUACCGUCGUGUUUCCAGUGGAAAAACUAUCUGACGUGGUCUACCACUGUACGGACCCAAAAGGUCUCGCCUUGAAUCGAGCUUGGUGGAACCGAUCAGUCCCGUUGCCCUUAGUGGCGGAAUCCGGAGCACGUAUUAUUCAAGGCCAAUGUCCAUCCGAGCGAAUACAAGAGACACAUUCUGUCUCCGGAAACGAUUCGGACAAGUGGAAUACUGGUGAACUGAAGCAGAAGCACUUCAGAGGUGGUGCACCAAAACGGCCUCGUUAUUCCAUCGACCCAGUGAAUGAGCCUCAUACAUCUGGUGAAACAGAUACCGUUGGUAAGAUCUUCACAUACCGUGGAAGACCGAUAAAUGCCACACAUGCAACAAAAGCCUCGGUGUGGACCUCCAGUUUCUCCACUAGCGGUGAGCUGGUGGACGACUCGCAACCGGACAGCCACAGUCUACCACAAAAGUCCACUGGGUAUAGGUUAAGGGAGCCGAGUGGCAACUGGGCCUAUUCAUAUCAACGUGCGACACACUUGGCGGCAGAAGAAUGGGGGAAGGUAAUCGAACCGGACAGUGACUCCAGCAAUACAAGAUUAAAACUAAGCUCCUAUAAUGUUGACGAAGACAAACUCAUCAGCAGAGGUGUUCACCAUCAUCACAGAUGCCCAACAUCAGAAACCAUACCCAACGCCUUGGUAAGCGUUCAGUGUGAUAAAACCAAGCGUAUAAGUGAUACAAUUAAUCCCAUUCUAACUCACGGACGGGCUCUCCCGUGCAACUGCCGCUUUGGUGGAACCAAAUUUGCGUUUCCUUCAAGUCUAUCUGUGACAGAUCAGAAAACGCUGGAGAGACGGCAUCGGAUGAGUGACCGCAAGACCUCACUGGAUGACUUUCGAGUGAAUCAGUGUGACGAAUCAGAGACCGCUAGUAGUCAACAAAACAGUGAGGACACGGAGACCGAGAGUCGAAGCGAAGACAGACAAGAUACCGUUGGUAAGAUCUUCACAUACCGUGGAAGACCGAUAAAUGCCACACAUGCAACAAAAGCCUCGGUGUGGACCUCCAGUUUCUCCACUAGCGGUGAGCUGGUGGACGACUCGCAACCGGACAGCCACAGUCUACCACAAAAGUCCACUGGGUAUAGGUUAAGGGAGCCGAGUGGCAACUGGGCCUAUUCAUAUCAACGUGCGGCACACUUGGCGGCAGAAGAAUGGGGGAAGGUAAUCGAACCGGACAGUGACUCCAGCAAUACAAGAUUAAAACUAAGCUCCUAUAAUGUUGACGAAGACAAACUCAUCAGCAGAGGUGUUCACCAUCAUCACAGAUGCCCAACAUCAGAAACCAUACCCAACGCCUUGGUAAGCGUUCAGUGUGAUAAAACCAAGCGUAUAAGUGAUACAAUUAAUCCCAUUCUAACUCACGGACGGGCUCUCCCGUGCAACUGCCGCUUUGGUGGAACCAAAUUUGCGUUUCCUUCAAGUCUAUCUGUGACAGAUCAGAAAACGCUGGAGAGACGGCAUCGGAUGAGUGACCGCAAGACCUCACUGGAUGACUUUCGAGUGAAUCAGUGUGACGAAUCAGAGACCGCUAGUAGUCAACAAAACAGUGAGGACACGGAGACCGAGAGUCGAAGCGAAGACAGACAAGACGCGGCUGGAAGACUAGGUAUAAAAUUCCUGUACCCAUACGGUGUCGUCAGCGGCGGUGCAUCCAUUGCCGGAGUAUGA